AUGAAGAAGUAUGAAGGGAACGCGAGGGUGAAACGCUUUCAACUUCAAGCACUUCGCAGGGAGUUUGAGACUCUUGAGAUGAAGGUUGGUGAGUCUGUUACAGAUUAUUUUUCUAGAGUUAUGUCAGUAGCGAAUAGAAUGCGAACUCACGGUCAACAGAUGGAUGAUGCUACUGUGGUGGAUAAGAUACUUCGAUCUUUGACUGAAAAGUUCAACUAUAUAGCCUACUCCAUUGAAGAGUCGAAGAACAUUGAUGAGAUGUCAGUGGAUGAGCUGCAAAGUUUACUGCUGGUUCAUGAGCAAAAACUCAAUCGGAGUAGAGGAGAGGAGCCAGUAGCCUUAAAAGCAUCAACAAAUGGUGGUUUUCCAGCUAGAGACAGAGGUAGAGGCGUAUGGAGAGGAAGAGGCAGAGGUAUGAGAUAUGGCAAUGGGAGCGGACUGAAGCAUGUUGAUCAAUCCCUUGAUUUUCAUGGCAGAAGUGGUAGAGAAGGUUUCAAGCAUGAACAUCAAUCCUCAGGCAGAGGUAGAGGAUAUUUUGAUAAGUCCAAGGUGGAAUGCUUCAGAUGUCAUGGGUUUGGUCACUUUCGGGAUGAGUGUAAUGCGAAGCUUCACAGGGAGAAACAAAAGACCGGUGAGCAGUCUCAUUUUACGAAGAAAAAGGAAGAUGAAGAGGCGACACUAUUAAUGGCGUAUCUUGAGAAGGAGCAGCCUGAAGCUUAUACAUGGUACUUAGACUCCGGGUGCAGCAAUCAUAUGUGUGGUAGUAAGUCCUCUUUUUCAGUUCUAGAUGAAGAAUUUCGUACUGUUGUGAGAUUUGGUGAUAAUUCUACUGUCAAUGUCAUGGGGAAGGGUGAUAUUCGUAUUAGAACUAAAGCUAAUCAUGUUGAAACAAUCUCAAAUGUCUAUUAUGUUCCUGCCUUGAAAAGCAAUUUAUUGAGUAUUGGUCAGCUUCAAGAGAAGGGUUAUGUGUCUACAAUGAGGGAUGGUGCUUGUGAAGUUUAUGAUCCUCAAAGGGGUCUUAUUGCUCAUGUGAAGAUGACUCCAAACAGCUGUAUCCAUUGA